AUGGGCACCAAAAGAGGGGAAGAUCCACCCCUAUUACAAAAACUGAAUAGGAUUGAGGGUCAUCCAUUUAAGUACUUAGACGAUCUAGGGUUUAUGACAAUAACAGAGGCGGUACCCAACACAGAGGUCAUAGAUGCGCUGCACGAGAGAGGAUAUAUUAAUCCGACACGUAUGAAUAACGAAGAAAGAGGUGUAGGAGAAGCCGAAAUGACAAAUGCAAGAAGAAUAAAAAUUGUGCACAUAGAUCUAGCGAUUCUCAAUCUAACCCAGUGGGGAUACUUUGUCGAUACCUUUGAGGAAAUAUUCAAAGAUAUUAGACUAGCAGCAGUAUUUUACACGAACACUCUAGUAAUUUCACCAGCAGAUCAAAGAUUUAAAAUCAUUAGAGAAUACCACGAAGCAGCAAUAGGUGGGCAUAGGGGAAUGGAUAAGACAUACAAUAGAAUCGCCAAAGACUACGAUUGGAGAAACAUGCACCCAGAUGUAAGACAAGUCAUCCUGGGAUGUACAUCUUGCCAGACGAAAAAACUCGUCCGAAUUAAAACGAAGCAAGCCAUGCUCAUCACCGACACAUGGAGUAGACCGUUCGAAAAAAUCUUUAUAGACUUCUAUGGGCCCAUUAGUAAACCCUCAGCAAAUCAGUAUGCACAUAUUUUAUCUACACAAGACUGGCUAACAAAAAUGUAUAGUUCUCGCACCUAUGAAGAGAGCAACAGCCAAAGAAACAUUAAGAGCGAUAACAAAUAA